AACCGCGGGAACAAAGACAGCAACGGCAGCAGCGUCUUGACCUUGUCCUCGGGUCAAGGCGACUCACCGCCCCUGACCCCUAUCCUCCGGCGCCCGACGGUGGUCGCACAUGAACAGCGGCUGUCCAGCAUCAGCAGCCAAAUCACCCUGUUCCACAAUGUCGGCGGUGAGGACAGAUACUCGGCCGGCGUCAAACAAGACAAGACGUUAUCCCUGAAAAGGGUCAAGGUGAGAACAUCUCAGGGUCAGAUCAAUGACCUUGAACAGCACUGAGGUUGGGGGGGGGUGUGGCUCACAUCAUAUCUGCAGGAUGCUGUCAUGUUCCGAAAUAUAUCAUGUGAAUUAUUUGAUUCAUAGGACAGCUGUCAUGUCACUACCCUUAAGUUGGGAUUUUAAUUUUAAAAAUAGAAAGUCCUCAAUUACACAGAACCUAGGCAAUCAAUGACGUCACUAAAUGGAUAUUUCUUUCUUAACAUUAAACAGUACAGUGGCGUUGUUUUCUACGUUGUUUCAAUGAUUCCCUAUGUUGUUUAAUCAUCUCCUACAUUGUUUCAAUCAUUUCCUACGUUGUUUCAAUCAUUUUCUACGUUGUUUCAAUCAUUUCCUACAUUGUUUCAAUCAUUUCCUACAUUGUAUCAAUCAUUUCCUACGUUGUAUCAAUCAUUUCCUACGUUGUUUCAAUCAUUUCCUACGUUGUUUCAAUCAUUUUCUACAUUGUUUCAAUCAUUUCCUACAUUGUAUCAAUCAUUUCCUACGUUGUAUCAAUCAUUUCCUACGUUGUUUCAAUCAUUUCCUACGUUUUUUCAAUCAUUUUCUAGGUUGUUUCAAUCAUUUCCUACAUUGUAUCAAUCAUUUCCUACGUUGUUUCAAUCAUUUCCUACAUUGUAUCAAUCAUUUCCUACGUUGUAUCAAUCAUUUUCUACGUUGUUUCAAUCAUUUUCUACGUUGUUUCAAUCAUUUCCUACAUUGUAUCAAUCAUUUCCUACGUUGUUUCAAUCAUUUCCUACAUUGUAUCAAUCAUUUCUUACGUUGUUUCAAUCAUUUCCUACAUUGUAUCAAUCAUUUCCUACGUUGUUUCAAUCAUUUCCUACAUUGUAUCAAUCAUUUCCUACGUUGUAUCAAUCAUUUCCUACGUUGUAUCAAUCAUUUCCUACGUUGUAUCAAUCAUUUCCUACGUUGUAUCAAUCAUUUCCUACGUUGUUUCAAAGACAAAAGGAAACCUGUUAAACCCGGAUGUUCUCAAACAUCCUUAGAUUAAAUCAGUGAUUGGAGAAUGAAGUUGGUGUGCUGCCCUAAGGUUCAACAAAUAUUUGGCUCAUUGAAAGACUCACACAAAUUAAUGGAAUAUUUUACUUACCCCACCCCGCUACCCUUCCCAGCUACCAUUCUCCACCACCCCCCCACACCCCCCACCCCCUCUUUCCGGGCCGCCACAGAUUAAAGUAAGCAAAUCAAAACAUCUUUGGGGGAUUAAUUUUGAUUUAUUGACAUCAAUGUCACACGGUCGCCCAUCAUGAGUGUUGGAUAUGUCAUGUAUGUCGAGUCAGUUAUAUGUGUGUCAACUCUGUCAUUAUUGUGCAGGCCAGUCAUGUUGGGCACACGCCUAUGAUAUUGAGCCCCUCUCCAUUUCAUGUUGAUUUGGAUAAACCUUUGAUGACGUGUAUUUUUCUAUUUUAUUUCUUCAGGGUUCGUUCAAUGACCUUGACCUGGAGCAACUUUACAAGACUUACACAGUCAGAAACAAAUACCCACUGGUUGUUAUAUACCUGGCUGUGCUGGCCCUGGGCUCAUUCAUUCUACUCAUUGUAACAGCUACCCAUGGCAAGGUAAGUGACAUAGUACCCUGCCAGGGCACUCUCCUGGCUGUGUUAGCUCUGUAGUUGCUGUUUUACUCACUAUAACAGUCGCCCAUGGUCAGGCAAGAUUUAAGUGCCCUAAUACAUUGUGUGAAGACACAUGGUCAAAUAAAAUUAAAAUGUCCCAUGUUGCCAGAAGUCACACAGAUAUUGACCUGGAUUACAUGAGCAGAUAACUGCAUACAACAGAAUGUCACAAUAACCAAGUAACCACUGACAUUUUUGCAAAGUAUGUGUUCACCGAAACACAUCAUCCAUGUCCUCAUCCAUGUCCGUAUGAGAAUGUGUACUUUAUUAUGUACAACCUCUAUUUGAAUGUGUACUGUACCAUGCACAACACCAUCAAGGUCGCCUGUAUGCAGGGCCGGCCUUAAGCCACUGCAACCUAUGGGCCCCCAGUGGGCCCCGCACUUUCAUAGGCCCCGCGCUAAUUCUAGGUGUAAAUUAUUAAAUGAAAUGAUAUUUUGAUGAAAUACUGUAUGACUUUGCUACACGCAAGGCUCGUAAAGUAAAGUUACUUUGAUCGUGAUUUUGUACUUAGUAAAGAAUGAAUAAAAUGCAAAGACGAAUUUAUUUUCUAAUACAAAAUCUUAAUUUUCACUUAUUAUUCUUAUCCCUACCCAUACUGGGCCCCACGCAAUCCGUUUCGCAUAGGGCCCCGCAAUUUUUAGGGCCCUCCUGCCUGUAUGCACUUGCUAAAAGUUGCCUUAUUUUCCCUGCUAAGCCCUAGUAAAAGAUAACAAGCUCAUAACAUGGCUGUUGCGCAGCAGGCAGGCCCAUAAGAGCACCUAUAGACAAACACUUAACACUUUAAACUUUUAACCUGUCUGCCACAGGUACUGCCAGACACAGGAACUGUCUGCCACAGGUACUGCCUGGCACAGGAACUGUCUGCCAUAGGUACUGCCUGACACAGGAACUGUCUGUCAUAGGUACUACCUGGCACAGGAACUGUCUGCCAUAGGUACUACCUGGCACAGGAACUGUCUGCCACCGGAACUGCCUGGCAUAGGAACUGUCUGUCAUAGGUACUACCUGGCACAUGAACUGUCUGCCAUAGGUACUACCUGGCACAGGAACUGUCUGCCAUAGGUACUACCUGGCACACGAACUGUCUGCCACAAGUACUGCCUGGCACAGGAACUGUCUGCCAUAAGUAAACUGUCUGCCAUAGGUCCCACCUGGCACAGCAACUGUCUGCCACAGGAACUGCCUGGCACAGCAACUGUCUGUCAUAGGUACUGCCUGGCACAUGAACUGUCUGCCAUAGGUACUACCUGGCACAGGAACUGUCUGCCAUAGGUACUACCUGGCACAUGAACUGUCUGCCACCGGUACUGCCUGGCACAGGAACUGUCUGCCAUAGGUACUACCUGGCACAGGAACUGUCUGCCAUAGGUACUACCUGGCACAGGAACUGUCUGCCAUAGGUACUACCUGGCACAGGAACUGUCUGCCAUAGGUACUACCUGGCACAUGAAAUGUCGGCCAUAGGUACUACCUGGCACAUUAACUGUCUGCCAUAGGUACUACCUGGCACAGGAACUGUCUGCCACCGGUACUGCCUGGCACAGGAACUGUCUGCCAUAGGUACUGCCUAGCACAGGAACACCAAGGUAUAAUCAAGAACAAUUUUCCCCACUACGUUGAGAAAGACCUUAAUUUUUGUUAUAUCGUUGCUGUUGAGUUUCUGGGAGGUCGACAUCAGAAAAGAUUAAACUGAGAAAAAACAUUGUGACUUUUCAACAGUCUUUUGAUUGGUGUCUCAAAGUUUGAAUGGCAAGUUUAAUCAUUGUAAUUGAAACAUGGUGUUAAUUAAAACGUAUGUUAUAUUAAAAAAAAAAAAGAAAGAUUUGGUGUGCUUUCAUGUACCCCACUUUACGCCAUUAAAAGAUUUCUUCAAUUCAUCGCGGUUGUAGCUUUGCUUCCAUAUAAAUGGGGUCGCGCGUUUAAAAUGAGUGAGGACCUGUGAAAUAGAUCCACGGAGCUUACUAAUUGAGCUCAGUGACUAGAUUUGACCGGUCGUGGCGUAUAGCGACAGUUUGUGACAAUCUCAGACUUGUAAUUAAAGAAAAACAUCAUGAUCUUUUUGAUGAAACACUAGUAGGGAGAUGUCCAACUAUUGAGUGUCGUCGAACAGUUGAGUGUCGUCGAACAGUUGAGUGUCGUCCAACUGUUGAGUGUCGUCCAACUGUUGAGUGUUGGUUAGUUCAUCAAAACAGCAUGGAACAUCUCAGCUUUCAAGUGGGGCCGUGUAGUGUGGGGCCGUUUGGUGUGUGACCUUGUAGUGUGGGACUGUUUUGGUGUGUGACCUUGUAGUGUGGGACUGUGUAGCGGCAAUGUGAGACCCUGUCCACUCAAGUUGUUGAACGUGUGCUGGUGUGUGACCUUGUAGUGUGGGACUGUGUAGUGGCAAUGUGAGACCCUGUCCACUCAAGUUGUUGAACGUGUGCUGGUGUGUGUGUAAAUCUAUACAUAAAUUCUACGGAGCGCUAACUUUGUUGAAAGAGAUAUACAUCUAGCUACUUAUGCUACAUUCGGUGCUCAUAAGAGAUAUACACACACACACAUAUAUAUAUAUAUAUAUAUAUAUAUAUAUAUAUAUAUAUAUAUAUAUAUAUAUAUAUAUAUAUAUAUAAAGCUGGUAUGAUGCAUAAACUGCUCAUAUGAUACAGCCAGUGCUUGUAUGAUACAUACACUGCCUCUUCUGACAGACUGGGCUCUUGUGACAGACUGGGCUCUUGCGACAGACUGGGCUCUUCUGACAGACGGGGCUCUUCUGACGGACUGUACUCUUCUGACAGACUGGCCUCUUCUGACAGACUGGGCUUAUAUGACAUACUGGCCUCUUCUGACAGGCUGGGCUUAUAUGACAGACUGGCCUCUUCUGAUAGACUGGGCUCUUCUGGCAGACUGGGCUCUUGCGACAGACUGGGCUCUUCUGACAGACGGGGCUCUUCUGACAGACUGUGCUCUUCUGACAGACUGGCCUCUUCUGACAGACUGGGCUUAUAUGACAUACUGGCCUCUUCUGACAGGCUGGGCUUAUAUGACAGACUGGGCUCUUAUGAUAGACUUGGCUUUUCUGGCAGACUGGGCUCUUGCAACAGAUUGGGCUCUUCUGACAGACGGGGCUCUUCUGACAGACGGCUCUUCAGACAGACUGAUCUCUUCUGAAAGACUGGGCUCCCAUUGGAAACUAGACUCUUCUGACAUACUGUUCUCUUCUGACAGACUGGCCUCUUCUGACAGACUGGCCUCUUCUGACAGACUGGCCUCGUCUGACAGACUGGCCUCUUCUGACAGACUGUGCUCUUCUGCCAGACUGGCCUCUUCUGACAGACUGUGCUCUACUGACAGAUUGGUCUCUUCUGACAGACUGUGCUCUUCUGACAGACUGGGCUCUUCUGACAAACUGUGCUUUUCUGACAGACUUGGCUUUUCUGGCAGACUGGUCUCUUCUGACAGACUGGGCUCUUCUGACAUACUGGCCUCUUCUGUCAGACUGGGCACUUCUGACAGACUGGCCUCUUCUGACAGACUGGGCUUAUCUGACAUACUGGCCUCUUCUUACAGGCUGGGCUUAUAUGACAGACUGGGCUCUUCUGAUAGACUUGGCUUUUCUGGCAGACUGAGCUCUUCUGACAGACUGACCACUUAUGGCAGACUUGGAAGCUAAUGCAAAUAGCAUCGAUGCAUUAAAUAAAAAUCACUUUGACUUAUUGCAUCUAUUCCCCCCCCCCCACCCUUUUUUUCUGUCACAUGCAGGCCAGUCCUAACAUUCACUACAUUGGACAAGUUGUCAAUCUUUGCAUCAGCUUCGUCUACUUCCUCACUCUGCUUCUCAUCGUCGUCUUCGCCGCCCAGCAGUCUUUCCUGGCCCACCCCACCGGUCUGGCCAUGUUCAUCGUCAUAGGAACCACCAUCUCCGUCAACGUUUACUUUGCUUUCAGUGCACCCGAAGAGCGGUCGCCCACCUCAGAUGUCCCCGUCUUGUUUUACACAAUGUGAGUAUAGAAGUGAAGAAAAUUGUUAUUUUCUCCAAGGAAGCAAACCACAGAGAUUUGUGGGGGUGUCUGACUUGGAGGCCCCUCACGGCCUGCAUGGAAAUAGUUCCUGGCCAAUAUUGAUUUGACAGCAAGAGACAAGGAACUAAUCUGGUAUUUAAAAACACAAGACUGUUGAUGCUAACUAAGAGAAGGCUUGUUACCUCACUGGCUUGUUACCUCACUGGCUUGUUACCUCAUUGGCUUGUUACCUCAUUGAUUCAAAGGAAAUUUGAUACUUUGAACUUGAACUUUAAUCACAUGCUUUGAUUUUAAUCCAACUGUCAUCUGUCAUACAGAAUUGUAUCCAACAUUUAAUCCAACAAUGCUGUCAUACAGAAUUGUAUUCCACAUUUAAUUCAAGUGUCCUCUGUCAUAUCACAUUGUAUCCAACAUUUAAUUCAACUGCCAUCUAUCAUACAGAUUAUUUGUAUCCAACAUUUAAUCCAAAUGUCCUCUGUCAUAAAGCAUUGUAUCAAACAUUAAAUUCAACUGUUUUCUGUCAUACCACAUUGCAUCCAACAUUUAAUCCAACAGUGCUGUCAUACAGCUUUGUAUCCAACAUUUAACAUACCAACAUUCAUGCUGUAGGCCUACUAUGUCCCACAGCAUUGUAUCCAAUAUGUCAUCCAACCAUCCUCUGUCCUGCAGCGUUGUAUCCUACAUGGUCCUACCUUUGUCCAGGAAGUGGAUGCUAAUCUCAGGCUCCGCCAUAACUGUGCUCCACGUCAUCACAGUUGGUCCAAUAUUAGCGACAACGAGAAAUGCCCCUGAUCUGGGCAAGGAGGUAAUAGAAGACAUUUAGCAAUCAGUGGAUAUGGUCAGUGGAUAUGGUCAGUGGAUAUGGUCAGUGGAUAUGGUCAGUGGAUAUGGUCAGUGGAUAUGGUCAGUGGAUAUGGUCAGUGGAUAUGGUCAGUGGAUAUGGUCAGUGGAUAUGGUCAGUAAAUUUGGUCAGUGGAUAUGGUCAGUGGAUAUGGUCAGUGGAUAUGGUCAGUGGAUAUGGUCAGUGGAUAUGGUCAGUGAAUAUGGUCAGUGGAUAUGGUCAGUGGAUAUGGUCAGUGGAUAUGAUCAGUGGAUAUGGUCAGUCGAUAUGGUCAGUGGAUAUGAUCAGUGGAUAUGGUCAGUGGAUAUGGUCAGGGGAUAUGGUCAGUGGAUAUGGUCAGUGGAUAUGGUCAGGGGCUCACAUUUAAAAAUCUUUUUAAAGAAACACAGGAAUCAAAUGUUCAAUGUUGACUUGAAAAUGCCAAGGUCAGAAUAAUGGCAUCACAUUGUAGUGUGUCAAAAUUGUAUUUAUUUUGUUAUUUAACUGCAAAUAUCGUUAAAAUAUUAAACUUUACUUUCCUGACAGAAGUUGCCAUUGGUGAUGUUGUCAUUGGUGAUGUUGUCAUUGGUGAUGUUACUGUUGGUGAUGUUACCAUUGGUGAUGUUAUUUCAUGAGGUAUUUGCCAUUAAUAACGAUAUGUUCAUAAAAGAUGCCAGUCACUGUUUUAUGUUGUUUACACUUUAUGUUGAAUCCAACAGCUUGUGUGCACAUUUCUGGUUCUGGUGUGUGCCAACCUGAUGGGCCUGAGCCACAAGUUCUUGUCUGAGAUUGUGCACAGGAGGGCGUUCCUGGAGGCCAGGAAUUCUGUGGACUCGAUGAUCAAGCUGGAGAAGGAGAAACUGCAACAGGUAACAUUGAGAUUGAGCUGGCCAGUUAGGAAGUGAUAAGAUUAGAUUGAUCUGUCCAGUUGGUUAGUGAUAAGAUUAGAUUGAUCUGUCCGGUUGGUUAGUGAUAAGAUUAGAUUGAUCUGUCCGGUUGGUUAGUGAUAAGGUUAGAUUGAUCUGUCCGUUUGGUUAGUAAUAAGAUUAGAUUGAUCUUGGCCAGUUGGUUAGUAAUAAGAUAGAUUGAGCUAUCCAAUUAUGAGGUGAUAAGAUUAGACUGAUCUGUCCAAUUGGUUAGUAAUAAGAUUAGAUUGAUCUUCUUCUUCUUCUAUAUAUUAAGGGCCCACAAUCAAUUUAUUGAUCGUUUUGGCUCCUAUGCACGUAGAGGGAUUUGCAAUGUUUCUGUGCCAUGUGUUGAUGAGGAUAUUUCACUAAUUGCAAGUGCCACUUUGUGAGGGCAUCAUGCACUGGGGGUUUGAAGGCUUGAGGCCUCAACUGUUCCUUUUGCAAGCUUGUUCCAGUCCCUGAUUGUCUUGGGCAGGAAUGAGCAGCUCCUAUACUGGCUUCUUGCUGGUAUGAGCCUGAAUGGCCUGUCAUGGCCUUGUCGCUGUCUAUGGGGGAGAGGGACGAGUUUCUGUUUAAUACUGGAACAGUGGACCAGCCCAUUAUUUAUCUUGUACAUCAUGGAGAGCCUGGUUUGUCAUCGUCGCUCCUCCAAUGGUGACCAGCCUAGUGUUACCAGCUGCCAACACUAGAGGUAUUCCUGUAGCGGUUUAGGACAAAGCGUGCUGCCCGCCCGUCGCUGGACCGCCUCCAACCUGUCGAUGUUCUUCUGUGUGAAUGGGUCUCAGACUGAAGAUGCAUAAUCUAAAACUAGACGGACAGAGGCUUUAUAUGCUCUUUCUUUCACACAGGAGUUGCCAUUCUUUAGAUUUCGCCUUAAGAACCCCCGGGUCUUGUUUGCCUGGUUACAUACAUUAUUAAUAUGCUGGUCCCAGCGGACCUGUCUUUGAAUGGUAACACCCAGGUACGUUACGGAGGAAACUGGCUCAAGUAUGUUCAGUUGGUUAAUAAUAAGAUUAGAUUGAGCUGUCCAGUUAGGAAGUGAUAAGAUUAGAUUGAUCUGUCCAGUUGGUUCGUAAUAAGAUUAGAUUGAGCUGGCCAGUCAGUUAGUCUUAAGAUUAAAUUGAGCUGUCCAUUUAGGACAGUAUAUGAUUAGAUUGAUCUGUCAAGUUGGUUAGUAAUAGUAGGUUCAGUUGACUAGUGAUAGAAUUCGAUUGAGGGUAAGUUAUUGUGAAUGUUUUUGUCACUAAAUAAUUUUAUAGUUAAAUUCCCUGGAAUUACUUUACUUUGGUUUCCAACCUUUUUGCCUCCUGAAGAAAUUUUUAGAAUCUAUUUGCUAUGGGGGCCCACAGGUUGGGAACCACUGCUUUACCAUGUCGAAAGAAAAGGGAGAAAAUCUUUAUAUUUCAUACAUCAUUUAUUUGAAAAGAGUAACUACCCUAAAACAUACAUCAUUUCUUUGACAAGAAUAACUACCCUAAAACAUACAUCAUUUCUUUGGCAAGAGUAGCUGCCCUAAAACAUACAUCAUUUCUUUGGCAAGAGUAACUACCCUAAAACAUACAUCAUUUCUUUGGCAAGAGUAACUACCCUAAAACAUACAUCAUUUCUUUGGCAAGAGUAACUGCCCUAAAACAUACAUCAUUUCUUGACAAGAAUAACUACCCUAAAACAUACAUCAUUUCUUUGGCAAGAGUAACUACCCUAAAACAUACAUCAUUUCUUUGGCAAGAGUAACUGCCCUAAGACAUACAUCAUUUCUUUGGCAAGAGAAACUGCCCGAAAACAUAAAUCAUUUCUUGACAAGAAUAACUACCCUAAAACAUACAUCGUUUCUUUGGCAAGAUUAACUGCCCUAAAACAUACAUCAUUUCUUUGGCAAAAGUAACUAUUCUAAAACAUACAUCAUUUCUUUGACAAGAAUAACUACCCUAAAACAUACAUCAUUUCUUUGGCAAGAGUAACUGCCCUAAAACAUAAAUCAUUUCUUUGGCAAGAGUAACUGCCCUAAAACAUAAAUCAUUUCUUGACAAGAGUAACUGCCCUUAAACUGUAUUUGAAUGUUGACCAGGACGAGCUGUUGGUCAGCUGUAUUCCCAGUAAUCUGGUGGCCGAGAUCAAGAGAGAUUUACAGGAGAACAUGCGUGAACCGAGGCCGACACUCUUCCAUGAUUUGUAUGUGGAGAGAUAUGACAAUGUCAGGUGAGAGAUGCUUUGAUGUUAUAUGAAAUAUGUGAAAAUGUCAGGGUAUGGUUUGACAAUGUCAGGUGAGAAAUAAACUGAUGUCUUAUGAAGUAUUUGACAAUGUCAGGCUACACGUAUGACCAAGUCAGGUGAUAUCAGAGAGAUCAUGUCAGGUGAAAAGUGAGUAAAUUCCUGGUGUUAAAUGUAGCAAUAUUUAAAAACAGUCGCAAAGCAUGCACACAGAAAAAGAAAGUGAAUUAGAUUAAUCAUGAAGGAAAUCCUAUAUUGAUUAGAUUAAUCAUGAAGGAAAUCCUAUAUUGAUUAGAUUAAUCAUGAAUGAAAUCCUGUAUUGAUUAGAUUAAUCAUGAAUGAAAUCCUGUAUUGAUUAGAUUAAUCAUGAAUGAAAUCCUGUAUUGAUUAGAUUAAUCAUGAAUGAAAUCCUGGAUUUAUUAAAUUAAUCAUGAAUGAAAUAAUGUAUUGAUUAGAUUAAUCAUGAAUGAAAUCCUGUAUUGAUUAGAUUAAUCAUGAAGGAAAUCCUAUAUUGAUAAGAUUAAUCAUGAAUGAAAUCCUGUAUUGAUUAGAUUAAUCAUGAAUGAAAUCCUUUAUUGAUUAGAUUAAUCAUGAAUGAAAUCCUGUAUUGAUUAGAUUAAUCAUGAAUGAAAUCCUGUAUUGAUUAGAUUAAUCAUGAAUGAAAUCCUUUAUUGAUUAGAUUAAUCAUGAAUGAAAUCCUGUAUUGAUUAGAUUAAUCAUGAAUGAAAUCCUGGAUUUAUUAGAUUAAUCAUGAAUGAAAUCCUGGAUUUAUUAAAUUAAUCAUGAAUGAAAUAAUGUAUUGAUUAGAUUAAUCAUGAUUUUAAUCAUGAUUUUAAUCAUGAAUGAAAUCCUGUAAUGAUUAGAUUAAAUAUGAAUGAAACCCUUUGCUAUCUCUCAUCUCUAACCAAUCCCUAUUGACCACAGCAUCCUCUACGCUGACAUCGUCAACUUCACCCCACUGGCUUCUGAAUGCACAGCCGCUGAACUUGUCAAGAUGCUCAAUGAACUUUUUGGACGCUUUGACCAGCUGGCUUCAGUAAGAAUAUACAAUUAUUAGGCAAUAUGUUGACAUGAAGUCUUAUUCAGCAAACAGUGAACAAAUAAUUAUUUUAAUAAUUCUUGUUUUUAAUUUCUUAUUUGUGCCAUGGUCUGUUUACGCUAUUUUAAUUGCCUUAAUGGUUUUGUUACGUAAGGUUAUAUGGUUUUGCAAAUGUAAUUUGUUUCAAGACUUGAUUCAUUUUUAAAAAAAGUACUUCACAAAUGACUAACAAGCAGUAUACAAAGAAAAUGGAUACCAAAGCUAGAGAUACUAAAAAAUACCCAAUUUAAUUACACGAUUAAAUUUGUUUAAAAAAAAAAUUUUAAUAAAUAAAAAAUACAGAAAAACUUUAUGAACUUACAGCACAGCUCAAAAUGUAAUGCUGAAUGAAAAAAUUGUGCAGGCCAUAAUACUUUAUGAAAAACAUGUGCGGACCAAAAGCAAAUAGACCAGGGGUGAAAACUAUUAAGGAAAAAAUAAUAAAAAAUAAUAUUUUGUUACAUCACUGGCCGCUAAGUGGGUGCUGGCAGGCCGCAUGUGGUCCAUGGGCCAUAUGUUGUACAGGCCUGCUUUUAAAGAUAAAAAUUUUAAUACACACACAAAGAAUACAGUUCUUGUAAGGCUCCUAUUAUAUUUCUCGUAAAAGUCUAGGAAUAUUAGCAACAAUCUCACUCUGGGCUGGGAAAGCUGCCGUCUUAUCUACAGGGAGAAAAUUGGCACCCUUCAGAAAAGAAAUUCUAGCAAUUGCAUCCCCUGAUAGCAUCCAUUAUCACAAAUGAGAAAGUAUUCAAAUGUAAACAACCUUUCCCAAUCAAGGAAGGGAUGGGGUUGGCACAUCACUGCACAUUUAAUUAGUGGUGUCAAUAUCAAAACAAAAAAAUGGUUAGAGGAGUGGUUGACGCUCUACAUUGAAGUAAAAUUAGGUCAACACACAUGCUUCAAAAGAGUAUUAGUUUUUAAGAAUUGUAAUGGAAAUCACAAAUCAAAAAUCAAAUCACCAUUUUUUUAAAGAAACCAAUUCAUCUUAAUCUUAUCCUUGUGUUUUGGACAUAUAUGCUGUAAGAGUUGACAAUUUUAUCAGCAUAUAUAUUUGCUGCAGAGAGAUAUGCCGUUGAGUUGACGAUGUUAUAAUGUUAUUCAUUUUACAGAAAAGCAACUGUAUGAGAAUCAAGAUUCUGGGUGACUGCUACUACUGUGUGUCAGGUGUACCGAAUGCUGAUAAACAUCACGCAUUAAACUGUGUUAGAAUGGGGCUUAGAAUGCUAGAUGCUAUAAGGUAUAUGUUGGAUGCUAUCAGAAAUAGAUUUCCAACUAAGAGGCAGAAUUAAUUUGUUUACCUCAGCUGUUAAUUGCCUUUUGGUUUGGCCAGAUUUUUUUGCUUUGAAAAGUCCUAUUGGCAAAAUGUACUGUUGGAAUAAUUAUCUGAUAAUUAAACAUCUGGGUGGUUAAAUGUCUAGAUGGUUAAAUGUCUGAAUGAUUACUUAAACAUCUGGGUGGUUAAAUGUGCUGGAUUUUAAAUGAAAGGGUUUGGAGAGUGUGGAUAGUUAAAUGUUUGGAUGUAUAAAUGUUCUGUCGGCUAAAUGUCAUGUUGGCACUAUGACAAGAUGGAAGCUUUUCUAUUACUACUGGUUAGUAAUAAUACUAAUUAGUUUAGCUUCAAAAAUUGUUUUUAUAAUGUACCAACCUCCACACCCCCCUAAAAAUAAAAAAAAAAAUUAAAUUAAAAUUAAAAAUUUUAUCUGUAACAAAAACUAGACCAACAAUUUAUAUCUCUAAAAAAAAAACUUGACCAACAAUUUUUAUCUGUAACAGGGAUGUGAGGGAAGCCACAGGUGUUGAUGUGGACAUGAGGAUUGGUGUCCACACUGGCUCAGUGCUGUGUGGUGUACUUGGGCUGAGGAAGUGGCAAUAUGAUGUGUGGUCAGAUGACGUAACAAUAGCCAAUUACAUGGAGUCUGGGGGCCUACCUGGGUAGGUUUUCAGUUUUAAGACCUAACACUCCACUGGAAAUGCCAAUUCACUAUUAAAGCACAAGUCUAUGCCUGUAUCUGAAAUGUUAUUUUAUUCACUUAGUUUGAAACUAUUUUGUACAUAUUACAUCACUUAUUUUGGAACUAUUUUGUACAUGUUAAAUCACUUAGUGUAGAACUAUUUUGUACAUUUUUCAUCCCUUAGUGUGGAACUAUUUUGUACUUGUUUCAUCACUUAGUGUGGAACUAUUUUGUACAUGUUACACUCUACACAUGGGAUUUAAGAUAAUUAUUUUAUAAUUAUAUAGAGUUUUCCAGAAUUUUCUUUUUUUUUAAAUUUAACUUCCUAAAUUUUACUCUGUUGUAAGUUCAGCUGUGACCCUUUCAUUCUUCUAUAUCCUAUAAACUUUUAUUUUUAUAUAGCCUAUCCUGGGAACUUUUAUUUUUAUAUAUCCUGGGAACUUUUAUUUUUAUAUAUCCUGGACUUUUUCAUUCUUCUAUUUCCUGGACCCUUUCAUUCUUUUAUAUCAUGCAUUAAACAUUUUCCAAUGGAAUCUUUUGCUCCCUAAAAUAGUGUUUCAGCACAGUAAGAAAAUAUGUUUUCAUAUGCCUGACUUGAUUGAUACUAACUGAAUUCACGUGGGACUGAAUUCUUUUUUUCAGUCGAGUUCACAUCUCAAGGCAAACAUUAGCUUUCUUGGAAGGAGAGUAUGAGGUGGAGGAGGGUAAAGGUCAUGAGCGGAGUGCCUACUUAGCAGAAAAUAAAGUUGAAACUUACCUGGUUGUACCUGUUGAAAGACGGCAUGUGAGUUGACAUCAAAUCUGUAUAACGGUAACAUCUUGUCUCACCCUUCCUAAAUAAUUUUGCCAACUACUUCUGUUAGGAUUCUUUCACUCUAAACCAAUCUCAAUCCAUAAUUAAUGACGCAUCUAUGACUUGAUUAAAUAUUAAACAAUUUUUUAGUAGCUCACUGUUAAGCACGUCAAUAAAAAAAAACCCGAUAGAGACAAAAGUAAUGCAAAGCCCCAGUGAAUUAAAUUCAGAAAAUCAAAACCUUGCCAUAUAAUUUUAAAUCAUGUGUUUACACUUUUGUUUGAGUUCUGCAGGCCAGAGACAGGAAGCUGGGAAAAACCAGAUACCAUCUGAGUGGACUCCGAAAAUCUCUGCGAGUUACAAAAUUUUUAGAGACAUGGGGAGUGGACAAGCCAUUUGCCAACCUUAAGACAAGCUCCAUGGUGUCUAAAGUCUUGAGCUUGACGGUAAGGUCAAAAAAUGACUUCAAUGAUUUAGAAAGGGGUAGACUCCAUGAAGUGGACAUAUGUUUUCUGUUAAAAAAAAUUCUUUAUUUCAGUAGAACAGUUUAUGAUGCUUUCUUUAAUUAAUUACAUAUUUUAUCAAAAUAUAUUUAAAGAUCACAAUUAAAUUUUUGCAUUUAAAAAUGCGUUUCAAUAUAAUAUUCAGAACUAUAUAUAUAUAUAUAUACAUACACAUAUAUAUAUAUAUAUAUAGGGGAGGAUAUAAAUUAAUAUGAUACUAAAAAGGUCAAUAUUCAAAAUAAUAUUUUUGUUGACAUUGCUUUUGCUUUUUUUUUAAAUAGUUACCAAACCUUCACUAAAUGGAAGUGAUAUUAAAAUAUUAACGACAUUGUUUUUAAAUUGGGUAAUGUCUAAGGUUGUAGAGGGAAGGUAAUGUGUAAGAUGGUAGAGGAAAGGGUAAUGUUUAGUUUGGGGAGAGAAUGAAAGUCAAAUAGUGGUGGUAGGCGUGCAAUGUUUGGAGGGUGGGCGGGGGGUGGGGGGAUGGUGGAGAAUUAAGGAAAUAAGAUUGAAUAAGGAAAUAAGAUUGAAUUUGAGAAGGAGGUGAGAGGGUGAAUUUAGGGUAUUGAGUUACGUUGGUAUAGGGAACUGUUCAUUUUUCAACAAGUUAUAAUAUUGUAUUAUAUAAAUAGGUAAAUUUGAUACAAAAAAUAGUAAGCCUGGUUAUUGUAUGACUUGUAAAUGGCUCAAGGAAUUUUACGACAACAAUAAUGUACUGAUUCAAUUUUCACUUCUCAAUUUGUUUUUUGUAUAUCUUUAACAAAUCUUAUUGUUCAUUGUUUCUUGCUAAAUGCACAUUUUUUAAAGCUUGCAUACAAUGGCCUAGCUAGAGUUGGUGUCACCUGGUGUGGUACGCAUCCCCCUAGCUACACCACUGCUUGCAUACAUUACAAAAAGACCAGUUUAAUAAAAAAAAAACUCUUGAGUAUAAAAAUUAUAUUGUAUCUUGAUCAGAGUUUGGCCCUGAUAGAUUCUAACUUUAUGAUGAACUCUUCUGGCAUAGAUCAAGGGUAAGUCACUGUGAAUGUUUUUGUCAAUAAAUAAUUCUAUGAUUACCUUACCUGGAAUAUGAAAAGUUUCCUGCACACCCAGUUGUCACAGCCAGUCAGAAUAGCCAGUAGGAAUAGCCAUUCGGCACAGCCAGUGGGCACAGUCAGUUGGCACAGCCAGCCGGCACAGCCAGUCAGCACAGCCAGUCGGUGCAGCCAGUUGGCACACCCAGUCAGAAAAAGCCAGUUGGAAGAGCCAGUAGGCACAGUCUGGUGUCCAUUCAUCUCCAUGAUUUUGAUUUAUGUCUUUAUGCACAAAAAUCUACACAUUUCUCCAUCUUAAUCACUCAGAAAUCACAGUUAGAAGUAACAUUAUUUAUAGAUGUCUUACUGGUAACUCUGAGUUCAAACAAAUUCCCACGAAUUGUGCCUUUAUAUUUAGUGCUUGGAUUUUGGCUCAGGGAUCCUUGAACAUUUUAGUGGCUCUUAUAAAUUUUUCACAACUCCUGAAAUCUGGAAAAUUUAGCAUGUACAAUUAAUAAGGAAGGAAAACACUGAGAUAAUCUUCUACAGAUGAAGAAAUUGAAAUGAAUUUGAUAAGAUUCCUCUCUAAUGUUUUUUAUUGUGUCAUAUUGUUAAAACUAACUUUUAAACUUUGCCAUUGGGGUCACAGGUUAUUGGCAGCAGAUAAACAGCAACAAGAAGAGAUCAACAUGAGGCUUCAAGAACGCCUCAACAACAUCACCAACAACAGGUCAGUUGUGGCACUGGGGACUGGUCAGUUGUGUUAUUAGGGUUUGGUCAGUUGAAGUUGUGGCACUAAGGGGGGUCAGAUGCGGAACUAGGGGUGGUCAGUUGUGGGACUAGGGGUUGUCAGUUGUGGCACUGAGGGCUGGUCAGAUAUGGGACUAGGGGUGGUCAGUUGUGGUACUGGAGGCUGGUCAGUUGUGUUAUUAGGGUUUGGUCAGCUGUGCCACUAAGGGUGAUCAGAUGGGGGACUAGCUAACAAGCAGCUACUAACUUAACUAAUCACAUUUAACUAGAACUCAUCACUUAACUAGCAGCUACUCACUUAACUAAUCACUGUUAACUAGAACUCAUCACUUAACUAGCAUCUGCUCAAUUAACUAACCACUGUUAACUAGAACUCAUCACUUAACUAGAAGCUACUCACUUAACUAAUCACUGUUAACUAGAACUCAUCACUUAAUUAGCAGCUACUCACUUAACUAAUCAUAGUUAACUAGAACUCAUCACUUAACUAGCAGCUACUCACGUAACUAAUCACUGUUAACUAAAACUCAUCACUUAACUAGCAGCUACUCACUUAACUAAUCACUGUUAACUAGAACUCAUCACUUAACUAGAAGCUACUCACUUAACUCAUCACUGUUAACUAGAACGCAGCUAGGCACACACUAAAGAUAGUAGAGGCUGAUUUUCUAGGCUGCUUAACUAGGCUGGUUUGCUAGGGUAGUUUGCUAGGCUGGUUUGCUAUGCUGGUUUGCUAGGCUGGUUUGCUUGGCUGGGUUGCUAGGGUGGUUGCCAAGGUUAUAUUAAAAAGUAAGAAGUGAAAUUAUAUAUUGGAAGUUUUACUCUCUCAUACCGCUCUACAAAUUUGACUUUCAUUUAAGGGAUAUUAAUAUUAUUUAUAUUUAUCAUAUUGAUGUCAACAACAAAAAAUCAUGAAUAAACAUUUAUUAUUUUUCCUAAAGUAUUUUAACCCCGUUAAGUUAAAUGUUAUGUACAAUUUUUUUGUUUUCAGUGAGUCAAAAAACAAAAUAAUUUGUGUGUUUUAAUUUUUCCAUUUCAGUUUUCAGUGUAAAUCUGAGGCAGAGAUGCAUUCUGUUUUGUUACGAUUCCUUGAUCCAUUUGCUGAGCAUAGUUUCUCCAAACAGCCGGAUGAUAUGUUCUUCUUCUAUGUGAUUUCAGCUCUUGUCUUCUUCAUAGUAAUAUUUAUAAUACAAGCAGUCAUGUUGCCCAGGUCAGUAGGAUCAUUUAUUCUAAAAAUACAAUAAUUUAAACCCUGUAUGUAAUAUGUAUAUGAAACAUAUGAUAUUGUUUAUUUUGAUGUUUGAUUUACAACAGUUGCCUGAGUAAAAUAAAUCAUUUAAAAAAAUAACAGUAUUAUAUAACAAUUUUGCCUUAAAAAUUAAAAAAAGGAAAAUAUCAUUCAUUAAUGGAAGAUAAUAAUUGAAGGACUGCAUUCAAAAAAAGGAGAUCUCUUAAGUUUUUUACUGUGCUCUGUUUUAUUGUCAUAUUUUCAUUUGUCCUGUUUGAUGAAGAAGGCUCUAAGCUGAAACAUUCAUAUCGUAUUUUCCUGUCUUUUCAUUCAAGCUCUAACAUAUCUUUUUAUACAAUUUCAUUCAUUAAUGGAACCAAUAUGUUGACAAUGUGUACCUACCAUGACAAUGUGCCCACCAUGACAAUGUGUGCGUUCUUGAUAAUUUGACGAUGAAUUUAAACUAAUUAUGUUGGAAUUCAAUUCCAUAAACCCAAAUUUUCUAUACGAUUUAAGAGACUGGACAUUUCAUUUUAACAAACCUUAUUUUUCUUUGUUCCAAAAGGUUAAUGUUAAAAAUAUCUUCAGAUUCGAAAAAGUUAAUAAACAAAAGGAUUACUUAAAUUUCAUUUUGAUUUUAAUGUCUACUUGUUUACAAUAAUUCCUGAUAAAACAGAAAGAUUAUUUGAUUCCACAAAUAUAAUUUUUUUGCUAAGCUAAUCCUAACCCUUUUCUUAUAAUCUCUAUUUUUCUUAACUCUUAUUGUUCUAUCUUAGUCUUUAAACUCCUAACUCUCAAUGCUCUUUAUUACCCUAACUCUCAAUGCUCUUUAUUAUCCUAACUCUCAAUGCUCUUUAUUACCCUAACUCUCAAUGCUCUUUAUUACCCUAACUCUCAAUACUCUUUAUUACCCUAACUCUUAUUGUUCUAUGUUCUUCCAAAGGUUACUGAGUUUUUUGUUUUGGUUUCAGGAGUGCUUUAUUCUUUGUCACUUCAACAUUAAGUUGUCUGCUCCUGACAGUUCUGACAGCCAUCUGUUUAUGUCAUAAAAUACCUGUCCUGGUGAGUUGUUAUAUCAUAAAAUACCUGUCCUGGUGAGUUAUGUCAUAAAAUACCUCUCCUGGUGAGUUAUAUCAUAAAAUACCUGCCCUGGUGAGUUGCUAUGUCAUAAAAUACCUGCUCUGGUGAGUAACAUUAGUUUUCUCUUUAUUCACCUGUUUCAUAAAAGUUUAUUUAUUGGAUUGCCGAAAAGCUCACUGAAGUUAACUUUUACAGGGUUCCAGAAAUGGAACAACUAACUAAGGAAGUGAGGGGUGGGUGGGGGGGGUGUGCUGUGAAAUGCCUGAGCUCUACUCCUCCCCUUUCCCUGCAUCCUAGUGUCCACUAAGAGAUCUACAAAACACAUUGAAACAAACAAACAAAUUAAAACUUUUCACCUGAUGCAGCUUGCACCCCACCAUGCCACACAUACAAUGCUAUAUUUUUUGUUCAAUGAAUGUUGUGCUAUUCCAUGUAUAAAUGAACCCCUGAUGGAAAUACUUCAGUUUCUUACGUUUGGAGAAGCUAUUUGCUAUGUUAAUGUAAUGUUAUUAUUGAAAAUUUAAAAAAUUGACUACAAAUGAUACAAAAAAAAACAACUUUUAUAUGGCUCUUGGUCUCAAUCUUUCUCAUGGCUCUCAGUCUCAGCCUGUUCCAACCGAAAAUUCAACUUUUCCAUAUUUUUUAUCUGAAUUCAAAGACUGGGCAUGUAUGUAAAUUUUUAUGUGACAUUUAAAAUAAUCACUCUCAGACAGAAUUGUCAUUAGGGCAGUGAGGUUUCAUCAUAUAAGAUGGCUCAUUUUUGCACUUGAGAAAUUCUCAAAAUUUAUAUUGUUGGAGAUUAAAAAAUGCUUUCUUUAUCAUGUUGAUCCAUGUGCUGAAAAUCAUUAUGUACAAUAUAUUCAAAACACAUUUCCAUUUAUUUGAAUAAAAAAAUAAUCUUGAUAAAAACUACAAAAAUAAAAUCAUUUUGUGUAUCUUAGAUUGUAAAUAUGUUGUAUUUUUAAAAAAUUUAAUAAAUUUUUUUUUUUCAACAGAAACGCUGUCACAAAGUCCUUGACAUAUUUGCUCACAUCUCUACGUACAUCGGUCGUAUCUUGUGGGUGAGGGUGGUGCUAUCCUUGUCUUGUGUAGGAAUUAUUUUCUUUGCUUCAGCAAUCACCAUGGUAAGUAUCACAGUUAUUAUGAGGAUAAAUCUUAUAAUCAGACUAAUAAGUAUCACGAUCAUAAUGGUAAGUAUCACGAUUAUUAUUAGGAUAAAUCUCAAUCAGUCUAAUAAGUCUCACAAUCAUGAUAGUAAGUAUUACAAUCAUCAGGAUAAGUCUCACAAUAAGCCUAAUAAAUAUCACAAUAACAAUUGUCAGUAUAACAAUUAAUAACAGGACACAUAGCACAAUCAAAGUAAUUAUAAUAUUUGUUGGGUUACAUAUAAAAAUCAUCAUGAUUAGGAUCACCCAUUAAUAUGUCUGAUCAGAUCAAAUAUGAAAAACAAAAUUGGAGUUUCUUCUUUUUUUUCUUUAAAUGUCUAAUCAAAGUUGAGAUUUUUACAGUAAUUAGAAAGUUUAUUAUAAAAAUAAAAAAAAUUCAGAAAAUUAUCAUGAUAUUUUCUUUAAUUCUGAAACAUUUCAUAUGUAUUUUCAAUGCGGUAUGCAGAACUAUUGAUCUGGAGCAAUAAUUAGAACCACUGAGAUAAAACAAUAAUUAGAACCAUUAAUCUGAAACAAUAACUAGUACCAUUGAAAUGAAUCAAUAACUAGAACCAUUGAUCUGAAACAAUAAUUAAACAAUUUAUCUGAAACAAUAACUAGAACCAUUGACCUGAAACAAUAACUAAACCAUUUAUCUGAAACAAUAACUAGAACAAUUGAAAUGAAACAAUAACUAGAACCAUUGAUCUGAAACAAUAACUAGAACCAUUGAAAUAAAACAAUAACUAGAACCAUGAAACAAUAACUAGAACCAUUGAAAUGAAACAAUAACUAGAACCAUUGAUCUGAAACAAUAACUAGAACCAUUGAUCUGAAACAAUAACUAGAACCAUUGAAAUGAAACAAUAACUAGAACAAUUGAAGUGAAACAAUAACUAGAACCAUUGAAAUGAAUCAAUAACUAGAACCAUUUAUCCGAAACAAUAACUAGAACCAUUGAAGUGAAACAAUUACUAGAACCAUUGAUCUGAAACAAUAACUAGAAUCAUUGAAGUGAAAAAAUAACUAGAACCAUUGAAAUGAAACAAUAGCUAGAACCAUUGAAGUGAAACAAUAACUAGAACCAUUGAAGUGAAACAAUAACUAAACCAUUUAACUAAAACAAUAACUAGAACCAUUGAUCUGAAACAAUAACUAGAACCAUUUAUCUGAAACAAUAACUAGAACCAUUGAAGUGAAACAAUAACUAGAACGAUUUAUCUGAAACAAUAACUAGUUCCAUUGAAAUGAAUCAAUAACUAGAACCAUUUAUCUAAAACAAUAACUAGAACCAUUGAAGUAUAAAUCUAACACAUUUCAUUUCUUUUGAACAGUCUAACUGUGACAGACCAGAAUUACCCUCAGUAUGUCAAUUCAACGCCUCAGUCAACUCUUCGGGGAAUCAAGUCAACUCUUCGAGGAUAGGGUCAGGAUCUUGUAACCCACCUGUAAGUGAAUGUGAUUUAAUUGUAUUUGCCUAGAUUCCUAAAAGAUUGUCUGAGUCAUAUUUCAACAAAUUGAUCCUAAGGUUGAUUGUUCGAUGCUGAACAUAACCUACCCCCCCUCAACCCCCUAAAAUAGGUUCCCCCUGUUUUUCAAAAGGAAGAUGAAGGAAAUAUGAUGCCAAUGAUUUGACAAAAUAAAAUUCCAGAUAAUUGCACUAAAUGAGAUUCUUAAAAAUAUCGCAAGUGUGUUUGGUACUUAAUAUUUUUUUUUAAAUUCUGAAAUAGUUGGUAAAAUAUUUUUUUUUUUCAUAAAAAUCCUUCAUAAACAUUUUUUAAUAAUUUAAAUUAUAUUUAUAUUGUAAUGUCCCACCCACUUUUACACCACAGAUUUAUUACACCAAAUUUCAGCUCGAUUAGGUUGAUGGGAAAGGUCAAUUCCGAAGAUUUUGCCACACAUCCAGAAAGAAAGAAACACAUAAACAAAAAAAAUUUAAUAUAAAGCAUUUAAUAAAACAAGUUAAUGCUUUGUUCUAAUGAUAAUUGCUAUUUUUGUCUCUCCAGUAUUUCCUUCUGAGUUUCAUGAUAGCCUUCACUAGCUAUAGUAUCUUCAUCCAGAUCAGCUUCAUCAUCAAGCUCAUCUUCCUGGCAGUCAUGUUCAUAAUAGUCAACCUCUCUAUCCAUGUUGGCAAAGGAGAUGUGUUUGAUGCCUUCGACCAGUGGUUAGGAAAUAUUUCAGUUCAGCUCUGUUUAGUGUAAAAAUCUUGAAAAAAAAACAAAAAACAACACAAACAAAAUCUUAGAAGAUAAACAAACAAACAAAAAUAUUAGAUAAUAUACCAACACAUACAAAAUCGUAUAAAUAAACAAAAAAACACACAAAAUCUUAGAUAAUAAACAAAAAAAACCACACAAUAAUCACAAUGGAAGUUGAAUUACUCAAUAAUGAAUUAGGCACGAUGAAAGCAGCCUUUAUAAAUCAAUAGUCAUUCCUUGAAGGCAGAAUUUAAUGUUUAGCCUUAUUCAAGUUGCUUGUAUUUUUACAUUGCAGUUCAAAUGGGAAUAGUAUACCACUGAAGUUCAAGACUUCUAUAUGCAUUGCUGUGGUUUUAAUCACUAUGCACUACCUGGACAGACAGAUGGAAUAUGCAAAUCGGCUGGGUCAUCUAUUCAAAUUACAGUUUCAAAGAGAGACGGAGCAGGUAAUCUAAACCAGGUCAUUUAUAAUGACCUUCUUUUGUUGAGAAUUUUGUGCUUUUGACAUCCUAAAUGAAGAGUUUUUGUUUGUACUUCCACAAUGGAAUUGAAGACAUGGCAUCUAUGGCAUCUACAUUAAAUCUCUGUAUCAGAAUUUGGUCUCAAACACUAUGAAUCUUCAGAAGAUUGUUGAGUUCAUUUUUACAAACACUUUAUUAGAUUUUGGCUAAAAAAAUAUUAUUUUUGUUUUAAUGAGUACCAGUUUUUGUACAUUUUCUCUGUUUCAGUGUGUACACACUUUGUUUUAUUUGCACAUUUUUCAUGUGUUCUUAUUUUUUUUCCAAGGUGAAAAUGAUGGCAGCCAUCAACAAGAUAGUCCUAGAAAAUAUUAUCCCAUCUCAUGUGAUAGCUUACUAUCUCAGGUCAUCUAGAAAAAAUGAGGUAGGGAAAUAGCUUACUAUCUCAGGUGAACUAGAAAAAAUAGUUAGGAAAAUAGCUUACUACCUCUGGUCAACUAGAAAAAAAAACCAAGGUGUUAUAGUGGACUAGCGGACUAUACCGCCCUGAUAGCCAACCAGGUACGGAGUGACAGAGUGUGUGCAUGGAAACAAGCAUAGUGUCAAACUUAUUGAGAACUUGUAUUAUAUAUAUAUUUAUGUUAAUGUUUAUUUUUGGAAAUUAAAACAUCAAAAACAUAAUAGUUAGGUUGGCUUACAUAGUGGACAAAUAGAAAAUGAAAAUGUUCUUUGUAGACCUUGAGUUCGGACAACUCUGCUGCUUAUGUGUGGUCACUCAAAGACAUUUCAUGUCGACAUAGAAAAUGGACCCUAUGAGACAUCACAGGGUGGAACAGCCUUAUUGGGGAUAUGCUAUGGCCACUAGAUGCUAUGAAAAAAAUAGUGUUAUUGUUUAACAAUAAACAAAACAAAUAAGUCAUUUUAAAAAUUAUUUCCUACUAUUUAUUUGUUGCAAGACCAGAGGUUGACUGGAAAGACAACUGAGAAAUUAAAUAACAUUUCAUAAGAAUACCCCACUGUAAAUAAAGUUAAUGAGACCACACAAAAAUUCUAUAAAGAACAAGAGGAUUUGAAGGUGAAACAGAGUUCCCACCUGAGAGUUCUAGAAAUUGCAUGAUGAAGGAAUGGAGAAUUGUUAGAACCAAUUCAAAAACUUUCUUGCUGAUGUCAAUAACCAUGUUUUUAAGACAGUGUUUUCACAAAAGAUAAACUGGGAAGGGCAAGAUAGUUGCAGGUAUGACAAGAUAGCUUCAAGAAUGCCUCAAUCCGAGGAAUUUGGGUGAACUUGAUAAAGUCUUGUAUUAAACCUAAAAAUCUCUCAGCAAAUUGUUUUUGAGAUUCAAUAAUAAAGCAAGGGCAAUUGGAAUUUAAGAAGAGUCUAGAUUUUCUUCCAAAGUUGACAUUUUUUAAAAGAAAGAUCUUACAAAAAACACUGAAAUUUGUCUAGAAGUAAUAAAUAAUGCAGACAAAAAUUAUAGAAAUGUUGGAAAUAUCUAUUCAUAAUUUUGCAAAAGUGACUACAGAACAUAAUAGUACUUAUUAGAAUUGUGUUUUUCCCUGGAAUAUCAUACUAAAAAGGCAUAAUUUAUAUUCAGAUGUAUAGUCAGUAUUAUUUAAUUUUUAUAAAUAGUUACUGAUUCUUCUAAAUUCCAAGUUUCAUGCUAAAUUUCUGAAAUUUCUUCAAACUGAAAUAUUUGAUUGAGAUCAAAUAUUUCUGAAAACAAAUUGGCGACAUGUAUGCUGAUAAACUAUGAACCAGACAUUACAAUUACAUUAACCAUGUUAGAGGAACAAAUAAUUGAUGGGCUGGCAAAUGAUAUUAAGAUUAAUGAAAAUAUCCUCACAUACUAUUAAGAUUAAUUCUAUGAUAUUAUUUUUGAAAUCUUUAAAAUAUAAUUAUUUUUUUAACAGUAUUUGAAUUAUUUUAGAAACUUUAUAUUUAUUUUUGUUAUUAAUGUUACAGAAAAUAAAUUAAAUAAUUUUUUUUAAAAAUAUGCUUGGGCCUCUAUUUAUAUUUGAGACCUAGCCUAUUAAAACAUGCCUUAUAAAUGGUCAACAUGUACAAGGAGACUGAGCCAGUUCAUCCCAAUUGCCAAAGCUGAUUCAAUCCCACAAUCAGUCCCUGAGGAAAUCCCACAUUUUAUUUUUUAUAUUGUGUAAUAUUUUACAAAAAAUACAAAAGAUUGUUUAAAAUUCAGCACAGAUCCAUUGAAACAAUUAAAAGUACAAAAAGUUGCACUUUGUUGAAAUCUCAAACUUCGCACUAAGUUAGAUGAGAUAAAGUACUUAACCUAUAUGUAUUCACAAGUCUGGACAAGUUUCUGACAUUUCUUCUUAUUUUUGUUGUUGAAAUAUUCUUGUGUGUGUAAAAGGUUUGUUUAAAGGGUUUGUGUAAAGGGUUUUUGUGACAUUGAUUGAUUGGUGUAAUAAAUCACUGAAAACAUCUUGGUUGAAAUUUUUAAAAAUUAUUAAUAGCAAGAAAAGGAAACUUUGAAGGGGAUUUUUGUGUGUGAUAAAUUGUCCUUAGUCUCAAGAGCCUAUGAGGUCGAGGCUGAACAUGAACAUUUUUACACAUCUUUUUUCCAGGAGCUGUACCACGAAUCUUGUAGCAAUGUUUGUGUGAUGUUUGCAUCCAUUCCAAAUUUCAAAGAUUUUUACCAACAAACAAAAGCCAAUGGAGAAGGACUGGAGUGCAUUCGUGUGCUCAAUGAAAUUAUAUCUGACUUUGACCUGGUAAGUUUUGGUCGCAGACUAGAGUGCAUUCGUGUGCUCAAUGAAAUUAUCUCUGACUUUGACCUGGUACGUUUUGGUGGCAGAUGUAACCAGGUGACUGGGAGCAGAUGGAGCUAGGUGAUUGGGAGCAAAUGCAGCUGGGUGACUGGGAGCAGAUGGAACUAGGUGAUUGGGAGCAAAUGGGGCUAGGUGAUUGGGAACGUUAGAUGCAUCAAAGAGGCUGAUGUAUUCAUUUGUGUUAUCAUGCAUGGACUACUGCAAUGCUCUCGUGGUGGGUCUCCCAGCUAUGCUCCUGGAUAAAAUUCAAAGAGCACAGAAUAAUUCGGCUCGCAUUGAUCUUUGCAAACACAAAUUCGACCAUGCUAAAACACUUCUUAGAGAGCUGCACUGGCUGCCGGUCCGCGCUCGCAUAGAGUACAAAAUUGCAACUUUGUGCUACCGUUGCUUACAUGACCUGGCGCCAUCUUAACUCAAAGCACUCAUGACGCCUUAUGUACCCACUAGACAGCUCCGCUCAUCCGAUAGUGGCAAAAUAUCAAUACCGUGUGUUCAUCUUGAGACUUACGAAAAGCGCACUUUUGCAUUUGCCGGCCCAACAAUUUGGAACGCCCUUCCAGUCACUCUCAGAAACAGCCAGACACUGGAUUCCUUUAAAACCGAUUUAAAAACACAUCUAUUUUGCAAACACCUUGUGGGGUCAUGCUAUCUACCAUCUUUUUUCAGCUAAUGUAUAUUGGCUUGUGUUGCUUAUGGUUGAAAUGGGAUGAAGGACUUUACUUGGUAUGCUCGUAUGUAGUUUUAUAUUGUUGCGUCUGUUUUUUAAAUAUGGUAAUUUUAGAUUGUUUUUAUUUCUCUUUUUAAUAUGGUUGACUUUGUACCCUGCUUCGAGCUUUUGGGGAUGAAGCGUGUUUUUCAAAUAAACUUUAUCAUUAUUAUUAUUAAUGGUGCUAGGUAAUUGGGAGCAUAUGGAACUAGGUGAUUGGGAGCAAAUGGAGAUGGUGAUUGGGAGCAAAUGGAGCUAAAUGGGUGGGGGUGGUGAGGUUUAAGGAACACUUCCUCUCUAUUAGAAACAUGAAACAGAUUCACAGAGCAGAUACACGAAACAGAUACACAGAGCAGAUACAUGAAACAGAUACUUGUUCAAGAGGAGUUGCUCUUAAAGUUUUGACUUCACUAAUGUAAGAAAAUGAUUAUUGAUGUUCCCAGCUGCUCAUAAAAAGUCAUCAAGAUGUCGAAAAGAUUAAAACCAUUGGGAGCACUUACAUGGCAGCUACAGGGCUUCAGACUGGACCAAGAAGACAACAGGUGAGAGCUAAUUGACCCAUCUGUUGUUAGCUAGUUGUCAGGAUUGUAUUUAUUAAAUCAGAAUAAAAAAGAAGCUCAUCAUUGCAAAGUUUUUUUCUAGCUCUUGAAAUACAUGAACUUUAUAAACCAGGAAACUGAAUUGGUAAAAUUUAAAAAAAGCGAAUUUUCGUAUUUAUUUUAUAAAUUGUUGAUGGGCUGUAAGAGGAAUGAAAGAGGGCAGCACUUGUAUAUGUAUAUAUAUCACUAUUUUAUGCUAAUAUUUGUUACAUUUCCUGAUUGUAGAAGUGGUAAUGUCAUAUUGUUUGUUAGCAGAAGUGGUAAUGUUAUAUUGUUUGUUGGCAGAAGUGGUAAUGUAAUGUUGUUUGUAGGAAGAAGUGCUAAUGUUUUAUUGAUUGUAGGAAGAAGAACCCUGGGAGGUGAACAUUGUGUUGAUGAUUGAGUUCAGCCUGAACAUGAUGGAGACCCUGGACAAUAUCAACCAACAUUCUUACAACAACUUCAGUCUCAGGAUUGGUAUGUUGUACUUGUAAUCUUUGUAUAGGUAAUGCUACGUCUGUAAUCUUUAUGCGUGUAAUUUGGUGUAUGUAAUAUUUAUGUAAGUAAACCUUUUUGUAUAUAGUCUUUUUGUACCAGUAUGUGUUUUUCUGUCAAUGUGAGUUUUGUUUAAAUGUAUAGUUUUGGGAUGUGUUACUUGGUUGGUCAGUUGGUUACUCUGUGAGAACACAUUCACUAUAAUUGCGUACUAAAUGAAAUAUUAAGUGAGAUUUUAAGUGAGAUGCUAAGCUAGAUGCUAACUUACAGGCUAUGUAAGAUGCUAAAAUUCAAAGGCUAAGUGCAAUGUUAAAUGACAGGCUGAGUGAGAUGCUAAGGUGUAUGCUGAUGAGGGAGAUGCUAAUGUAUAUGCUGAUGAGAGAGAUGCUAAGGUAUAUGCUGAUGAGGGAGAUGCUAAGGUAUAUGCUGAUGAGGGAGAUGCUAAGGUAUAUGCUGAUGAGGGAGAUGCUAAGGUAUAUGCUGAUGAGGGAGAUGCUAAGGUAUAUGCUGAUGAGGGAGAUGCUAAGGUAUAUGCUGAGGAGGGUGAUGCUAAGUGAGAGGCUAAUAAAAGAGAUACUAAGUGACAUGCUAAGUGACAUGCUAAGUGACAUUCUAAGUGACAUGCCAAGUUAUAUGUUAAUAGAGAUGCUAAGUUAUAUGCUAACAGAGAUGCUAAGUUAUAUGCUAAUAAGUAAGAGGCUAAGCGAGAUGCAAAGUUCACUGCUAAGUGAGAUGCUGGUAUGAGAAAUGCUAAGUGACAUGUUAAGUGACAGGAUAAAUAAUAUGCUGUGGAAGAUGCUAAGUGACAGGUUAAGUGAGAUGCUAAGUCAGAUGCUGAGUGAGAUGCUCAGUGAUAGACUAAGUGAUAUGUUACGUGAGAUGCUAAGUGACAGGCUAAAUGAUAUGCUAUGGGAAAUACUAAGUAAGAUGUUAAUUGAGAUGCUAAGAGAUAGAAUAAGUGAGAUGCUAAUUGAGAUGCUAAUAAGAGAGAGGCUGAGUGAGAGGUUAAAUGACAGGACUGUGAUCUGUUAUUCCAUAAAUUUAUGUUAUAAUUUGUAUUUGAAGGCGAUGAUUUGUUCUAAUCCCUUUCAAACUUGUCAACAAUUUCAACCAUCUAAAUAUUGUAGAUUUAUUGAUGUAAAAUUAACAAAAGUUAACCACCACAUUUCAUAGAUUGUAAAAGUCUUUGAUACUUGUACUGAGGCUUAUAUUUUACUGACAAUAUUUUGUUUACCAAUUUAAAAAAAGAAAUAUAAAUAUUUAAAGAUUAGAAUGAUAAUAUGAUGAAGAAAAGAAGACGGCGCAUUAAGCAGGUACAAGAUUUGUUUAAGCUCUUGUUAGAAAUAACAAAAGAACAACAUGUAUUAAUGUAAUCAUAAUUUGUUCCAUCUAUUAAUAUAAAAUAUCAUGCAAAUCUCAUUAUCUGCCAUCACAUCACAAAAGUUGAAAGCAAUCAAAUAAAAAAUAAUCCUGAAAUUUUGUUUUCUUCCUUACAUCAGGAGUAAACAAUGGGCCUGUCAUAGCGGGUGUGAUUGGAGCUAGGAAACCUCAGUAUGAUAUUUGGGGAGACACUGUCAAUGUUGCCAGUAGAAUGGACAGCUCUGGUUUGCCUGGAAAAAUACAGGUAGUUCACUUGAUAAGUUUAAUCUCUGCUGGAAUUUGA